AUUACCUUUGCAUGCAUGGCUAUUUAUAGUGAAAAAUCCAACUAACUAUGCACCAUUUUUUUUGCCUCAUUACCACCCGGCCAAGAUUUUCUUUGCCCAUUAAAUGGCUCAACAUGCAAUCUUGCAUGAUUUCAAGAAAGCAAUCCUAGCCCACAACUAGCUAGGUUGGUGAAGCAAACUUCCACACAAAAAGUCCAUGGGUUCACACAUGGGGUUGGACUUUCUUCCAACAGAACAUUCCUCUCUGUGGUCGUUAAUCAGUUGGUUUUCUUAAUCGCAGUUCUUGGGAAACAUGGCUGCUGAGAGAUCUGGGAUUGCCAAAGAUGUCACUGAAUUGAUUGGUAAAACACCAUUGGUAUAUCUUAAUCGGAUCGUGGAUGGUUGUGUUUGGUCGCAUUGCGGCCAAGCUUGAGCUCAUGGAAACAUGCUCUAGGUUUUUUUUUUUUUUCUUUUUCUUGAGUUUGUUCUUAUCUUAACAUUAGGAAUUACUAAGCUGAUUUGAAUUCUGAAUGGGUUUCUUAUGUUAACUAUUAGAUUUUUUUUAAUCCUGAUAAUUGGUCCUGAUGGUGCAGGAUUGGUUAUAGUAUGAUUGCAGAUGCUGAGGAAAAGGGCCUU